UUCCAAGCCAAAUGUCGCAGGUCGCGGACAUUCAACGCAUGCGCACAGUCGCACGUUGAUUGCGUUUUACCGAAACGAUAGCUCACAUUUGCAAACGCUCCAGCUACAUUUCUUCACAACGAAUAAGGAUGACUGAGCAGGAUGUGGAGAAUGAGCUCUUGGACUACGAAGAGGAUGAUGUGGUGGGAGAUCUAUCAGGAGGGGAUAUUCUGUCCAUUAAAAAGGAGCGUGUGAAGGGCUCCUAUGUGUCCAUCCAUUCGUCUGGGUUUAGAGACUUCCUGUUGAAGCCUGAGCUGCUGAGGGCGAUAGUGGACUGUGGCUUUGAGCAUCCCUCUGAGGUUCAACAUGAAUGCAUCCCUCAGGCCAUCCUGGGUAUGGAUGUGCUGUGCCAGGCUAAGUCUGGUAUGGGCAAGACGGCCGUGUUUGUCCUGGCCACCCUACAGCAGCUGGAGCCUGUCACUGGACAAGUGUCCGUGCUGGUGAUGUGUCACACCCGAGAGCUGGCGUUUCAGAUCAGCAAAGAGUACGAGAGAUUCUCCAAAUACAUGCCAACUAUCAAGGUGGCAGUGUUCUUCGGUGGCCUGUCUAUAAAGAAGGACGAAGAGGUGUUGAAGAAGGAGUGUCCCCAUGUGGUGGUGGGGACGCCGGGACGAACCCUGGCCCUGAUCCGCAACAAGACCCUCAACCUGCGACACAUCAAGCACUUCAUCCUGGACGAGUGUGACAAAAUGUUGGAACAACUCGACAUGCGCAGAGACGUCCAGGAGAUACUCCGUCUGACCCCCCAUGAGAAACAGGUCAUGAUGUUCAGCGCCACCCUGAGCAAAGAGAUUCGCCCCGUCUGCCGAAAGUUCAUGCAAGAUCCGAUGGAAAUCUUUGUUGAUGAUGAGACCAAGCUGACUCUCCACGGGCUGCAGCAGUACUACGUCAAACUGAAGGACAACGAGAAGAACAGGAAGCUCUUUGAUCUCCUCGACGUGCUGGAAUUCAACCAGGUGGUGAUCUUUGUGAAGUCUGUGCAGCGCUGUGUGGCUCUGGCCCAGCUAUUGGUUGAGCAGAACUUCCCGGCUAUUGCCAUCCACCGCGGGAUGCCUCAGGAAGAACGUCUCUCUCGUUACCAACAGUUUAAAGAUUUCCAGAGACGUAUCCUGGUGGCCACCAACCUGUUUGGCAGAGGGAUGGACAUCGAGAGGGUCAACAUCGCCUUCAACUACGACAUGCCGGAGGACUCUGACACGUACCUGCACAGGGUUGCCAGGGCGGGCAGGUUUGGCACCAAAGGCCUGGCCAUCACAUUUGUGUCUGAUGAGACGGAUGCCCGUACUCUUAACGACGUCCAGGACCGAUUCGAGGUGAACAUCAGUGAGCUGCCCGACGAGAUAGACAUCUCAUCUUACAUUGAACCAACCCGGUAAAGAAGACCAGAUCUAUUACCCAGCAGACAUUGCGACUUAUAUUUGACCUUUCUAACACUGAUAACUAAAGGUCAAAUCAACUAUUAUCCAAUCAAACAGUACAAUACAGUAAGAAUGAUUUCUUUUAAAUCUGCUGGCAUUCAUUCCGCGCCCCCAUUAGAAUGAAUAAAUUAGGACUACUGUGAAAUAGCGCCUUCUGUGGAUAGAAAGGUUUGGUUACAUUGUCAGGCCUUUUCCCAUGCCAUUUGUUUCAUGAUGUUUAAUAUUGUUUGGUUGUAUUUAUCUAGACUCGGUAGCUGUCACUGAAUAUUUGAGUUAUUUAUUUAUUUUUAGCAUUUUAUUUACCUUGGAUUGUCAUUUGGAUUGUGAAUGCUGCAUUUUAUAGCCUGUGAAAAUAGUCAACCAGUUACCAAGCGGUAGUUUCUAGUGUUGAAGGACGUUACAUGGAAGGACUUGAAGAGAGACUCUAAACCAGCGCUGUUCUGCGCUCAAAUGUGGAUUCAUAAAUAUGUUUGACUCUAUACAGA